CCCCCCGAGUCCCGGCCCCCCUUUCCCGGGCAGGCCCUCCCGCCCACGCGCACACCCGUGGGACCCCAGGAUCCGCAGCCCCGCGCGCGGCAUCCGCCCCCUCCUCACUCGCGCGCCAGGCCCGGCCGGGUCCGGGGAAGCCGAGGCGCGGCGGCCGUGUCUGCAGUGUGGGCGGGGGCCGGGGGCCCGAGCGGUGCCGCCGCCGCGCAGGGAGCCGCAGCGGUUCCGAGCGGGGCCCAACAUGGCGGAGAGAGAGGAGGUUGGAGUCCGGCCCCCGAAAGAGGACUGCAUUUUGAUUCAUUGUACACAAAUGGGGUACUGGGUACUACUUUAAAUAGAAGUAUUUUGAAGUUUGAACAGAAAAGUGGUGCAGUUUUUGACGAAAUUGUAGAGAACUGUGGUGGUAUCAUGGAUACAGAAAUGUCUGAAGAUAUAGACCACAACUUAACUCCUACCCUUGACAGCAUGUCUUAUGGAAUGCCGAAUCAAACAGGAUCUGAAAAUUCAUUGCUGGAUGAAGAUGAUUAUUUUUUGAACUCUGGGGAUCUUGCAGGAAUUCCAGUCGUUGGUAGUGACAAUGAGGAUGAACAGGAUUUUAGUUCAAAGGACAAUCUUGUUUCUUCAAUUCAUACUGAUGAUAGCUUGGAAGUAGAGAGAAGAGUCACACAGCAUGAAUCAGACAAUGAAAAUGAAAUACAAAUUCAGAAUAAAUUAAAAAAAGACUUGCCUAAACAGUUUGAUCAGGUUUCUGUCUUUAAAUCAAUACGGAAAGAUUUUAGUCUAGUAAGAGAAAACAGCAAAGAGACAUUUUCUGGAAAGGAGAAAAAUAGAGACCUAACUUAUCAUGAACGUGAAAAACGGUUGGAUAAACCCCAUAAAGAUUUGGAUUCAAGGUUGAAAAGCAGUUUUUUUGAUAAAGCAGCUAAUCAAGUUGAAGAAACAUUACAUACCCAUUUACCACAAACCCCAGAAACAAACUUUAGGGAUUCCAGCUACCCAUUUGCCAAUAAAGAAUCCAUUGGUUCGGAUCUGGGGAAUUCCUUUGCAUCAAAUAUUAGAAUUAAAGAAGAACCUUUGGAUGAUGAGUAUGACAAAGCAAUGGCACCACAGCAGGGACUACUAGACAAAAUUAAAGAUGAACCCGAAAAUGCUCAAGAGUAUAGUCAUGGCCAACAGCAAAAAACUCAAGAGGGGGAACUGAAAAUUAGUGCUGUGUUUUCAGUCAGUGGCAGUCCUCUUGCUCCACAGUUGACUACUGGCUUUCAGCCUUCACUGGCAUCAUCUGGCAUGAAUAAAAUGCUUCCUUCAGUUCCAGCCACAGCUGUUCGAGUUUCCUGUUCUGGUUGUAAAAAAAUCCUCCAGAAGGGGCAAACUGCUUAUCAGAGGAAAGGGUCUACUCAGCUUUUCUGCUCUACACUGUGCCUCACAGGAUACACAGUUCCACCUGCGCGCCCACCGCCUCCUCUCACCAAGAAAACUUGCUCAAGUUGCUCAAAAGACAUUUUAAAUCCAAAGGAUGUGAUCAGUGCCCAGUUUGAAAAUACCACCACCAGUAAAGAUUUUUGCAGUCAGUCAUGUUUGUCAACAUAUGAACUGAAAAAAAAACCUAUCAUUACCAUUAAUACAAAUAGCAUUUCAACCAAAUGCAGCAUGUGUCAGAAGAAUGCUGUUAUUCGACAUGAAGUGAAUUACCAGAAUGUGGUACAUAAGCUUUGCAGUGAUGCAUGUUUUUCUAAGUUUCGAUCUGCUAACAACCUCACUAUGAACUGUUGUGAGAACUGUGGGGGUUACUGUUACAGUGGCUCUGGACAGUGCCACAUGCUUCAGAUAGAAGGACAGUCUAAGAAGUUUUGUAGUUCAGCAUGCAUCACAGCAUACAAACAGAAAUCAGCCAAAAUUACACCAUGUGCGCUUUGCAAAUCAUUGAGAUCCUCAGCAGAAAUGAUUGAAAAUACCAAUAGCUUGGGGAAGACAGAGCUUUUCUGUUCUGUUAAUUGCUUAUCUGCUUACAGAGUUAAAAUGGUUACUUCUGCAGGUGUACAAGUUCAGUGUAACAGUUGUAAAACCUCAGCAAUCCCUCAGUAUCACCUAGCCAUGUCAGAUGGAAGUAUACGCAACUUCUGCAGCUACAGUUGUGUGGUAGCUUUCCAGAAUUUGUUCAACAAACCAACUGGAAUGAAUUCUUCAGUAGUGCCCUUGUCUCAGGGCCAAGUAAUUGUAAGCAUCCCCACAGGUUCAACAGUGUCAGCAGGAGGCAGUAACACCUCUGCUGUUUCUCCCACCUCCAUCAGUAGCUCUGCUGCUGCUGGUCUCCAGCGUCUUGCUGCCCAAUCCCAGCAUGUUGGGUUUGCCCGAAGUGUUGUGAAACUCAGGUGUCAACACUGUAGCCGUCUUUUUGCCACAAAACCAGAACUUCUUGACUAUAAGGGUAAAAUGUUUCAGUUCUGUGGCAAGAAUUGUUCUGACGAAUAUAAGAAAAUAAAUAAUGUAAUGGCAAUGUGUGAAUAUUGUAAAAUUGAGAAAAUUGUGAAGGAGACUGUGCGAUUCUCAGGUGCUGACAAGUCAUUCUGUAGUGAAGGUUGCAAACUGCUUUAUAAACAUGACUUGGGAAAACGCUGGGGAAGUCAUUGUAAAAUGUGCAGUUAUUGUUUACAGACAUCUCCCAAAUUAGUACAGAAUAAUUUGGGAGGAAAGGUGGAAGACUUUUGUUGUGAAGAAUGCAUGUCCAAAUAUACAGUUUUGUUCUAUCAGAUGGCCAAAUGCGAUGGUUGUAAACGACAGGGUAAACUCAGUGAGUCCUUAAAAUGGCGAGGGGAAAUAAAACAUUUUUGUAACCUGCUUUGUAUCUUGAUGUUCUGCAAUCAGCAAAGUGUAUGUGACCCACCUUCACAAAACAAUGCAGCAAGUAUUUCCAUGGUUCAAGCUGCUUCUGCAGGGCCCCCAUCUCUCAGAAAAGAUUCAACUCCAGUUAUAGCUAACGUGGUGUCAUUGGCAAGUGCUCCUGCUGCUCAACCCACAGUGAAUUCUAACAGUGUCUUACAAGGUGCAGUUCCAACGGUAACCGCGAAAAUCAUUGGGGAUGCAAGUACACAAACAGAUGCCCUAAAACUGCCUCCUUGCCAGCCUCCAAGACUUUUGAAGAAUAAAGCUUUAUUGUGCAAACCUAUCACACAGACUAAAGCCACUUCCUGCAAACCACAUACCCAAAAUAAAGAAUGCCAGACAGAAGACACUCCAAGUCAGCCCCAGAUUAUUGUGGUGCCAGUUCCUGUGCCAGUGUUUGUGCCGAUACCUCUUCAUCUUUAUACUCAGUAUGCACCAGUUCCCUUUGGAAUUCCUGUUCCAAUGCCUGUCCCCAUGCUUAUUCCCUCCUCAAUGGAUAAUGAAGAUAAAGUCCCUGAAAGUAUUGAAGACAUUAAGGAUAAACUCCCUACACAUCCAUUUGAAGCUGAUCUCCUUGAGAUGGCAGAAAUGAUUGCAGAAGAUGAAGAGAAGGAAAAGACUCUAUCCCAGGGAGGAUCUCAGACUUCUGAACAGGAACUGUUUCUAGACACUAAGAUAUUUGAAAAAGACCAAGGAAGUACAUAUAGUGGUGAUCUUGAAUCAGAGGCAGUAUCUACUCCCCAUAGCUGGGAAGAAGAGUUGAAUCAUUAUGCCUUAAAGUCAAAUGCUGUGCAAGAAGCUGAUUCAGAACUGAAACAGUUCUCGAAAGGGGAAACCGAACAGGAUCUGGAAGCAGAUUUUCCAUCAGAAUCCUUUGACCCACUUAACAAAGGACAGGGGAUCCAGGCACGUUCCCGAACAAGACGACGACACAGAGAUGGCUUCCCCCAGCCCAGACGAAGAGGCCGGAAGAAGUCUAUAGUGGCUAUGGAGCCCAGGAGUCUUAUUCAAGGAGCCUUUCAAGGGUGUUCAGUGUCUGGAAUGACCCUGAAAUACAUGUAUGGGGUGAAUGCCUGGAAGAACUGGGUUCAGUGGAAAAACGCCAAGGAAGAGCAGGGGGAUCUAAAGUGUGGAGGAGGUGAACAUGCCUCAUCCAGCCCAUGUUCUGACCACUUAGGAAGUGCUCAAGACCAGGUACUCAAUCAAGAAUCCUCAGAGUCAAGCUGUAGAGAUGUUUACCUUUCUACAGUUCGCUCUGUCAAGCUGAAGGAAGAUAUUCUGUCCUGCACUUUUGCUGAAUUGAGUUUGGGUUUAUGCCAGUUUAUCCAAGAGGUGCGGAGACCAAAUGGUGAAAAAUAUGAUCCAGACAGUAUCUUAUACUUGUGCCUUGGAAUUCAGCAGUACCUGUUUGAAAAUGGUAGAAUAGAUAACAUUUUUACUGAGCCCUAUUCAAGAUUUAUGAUUGAACUCACCAAACUCUUGAAAAUAUGGGAACCUACAAUACUUCCUAAUGGUUACAUGUUCUCUCGCAUCGAAGAAGAGCAUUUGUGGGAGUGCAAACAGCUGGGCGCUUACUCACCAAUCGUCCUCUUAAACACCCUCCUUUUUUUCAAUACCAAAUACUUUCAACUAAAGAAUGUUACUGAGCACUUGAAGCUUUCCUUUGCCCAUGUGAUGAGGCGGACCAGGACUCUGAAGUACAGUACCAAGAUGACAUAUCUGAGGUUCUUCCCACCUUUACAGAAGCAAGAGUCAGAGCCAGAUAAACUAACUGUUGGCAAGAGAAAACGAAAUGAAGACGAUGAGGUUCCAGUGGGUGUAGAGAUGGCAGAGAAUACUGAUAACCCACUGAGAUGCCCAGUCCGACUUUAUGAGUUUUACUUGUCAAAAUGUUCCGAAAGUGUGAAGCAGAGGAAUGAUGUGUUUUACCUUCAGCCUGAGCGCUCCUGUGUUCCGAAUAGCCCCAUGUGGUACUCCACAUUCCCGAUAGACCCUGGUACCCUGGACACCAUGUUAACACGUAUUCUCAUGGUGAGGGAGGUACAUGAAGAACUUGCCAAAGCCAAAUCUGAAGACUCUGAUGUUGAACUAUCAGAUUAAGAUGGAAGUGAGGUUCCUAUUUUCAUACACAUUGGUAUGCACCAAACUGUGAACGCAUCCAGCUGUUGGAAAGCAGUGUAUAAGCCCAAGUCCUCUUGACUUGAUUAUGAGACAUGGGAAACAGAUGACUUGUGAACCACAGUAUGGAUGUACAAAUGAAAACUGAAGGAAAGAAUAUGAACUAAGAAAUGUUCUUUGGCAGUGAUAUAGUUCUUAGACAUCUUCAGAAUGACUAACCAAUUUCUCUGAGUGGUGCAUAAUCUUAUUUUGUUUGGGAAUAACAAAAUUGUGGAAUAUUUUUAAGGAAAAUUGUUGUAUAAAACUCUACCAUAGUAACCUUAGACCUUAGAGAAGUAGCUUUGGAGUGAGACCUUGGCUACUUGGGCAAACCCUUCAUAAAAAGUCAGGGGAGAAAUCAGUGCAGAGCUGAGAGUGACAUCAGAUGGGGACUGUGGGACCCAGUCUUAAAAGACCCAAUAAAAAUACUCAACUUUUUUUAAAACAUAGUGAAGUGGUCUUGAUUUUGAUUUUCACUGCCAAGCCAAUUAUGUGAAGGAUAGAAGCCUCUGGUACUUUUACCAGGGGCCCCUCAUAUCAGGGAAAACAACCUUCACUCCUAUUAACAGUGAUGUAUCCCUUUCACUUUCUGGGUUUAGCCUUCUCAUCUCUGGGUCUAGAUGUGGGUAAAUGAAGGUAAAGGGUAUGAUAUUCCACAAACUAAUUAUGCACAUAGAAGAUCUGUGGAGCCCAUUGGACCCCAAGUGUCUUGACAUGUUUGUAAAGAAUCCACUAAAAUGCCCACUUCUUUGGGUGCAGGCCUUUAUUGCUGCUGUCUCAUAGCUUGAGCUGUGGUACACAGAAAUGGGGCUCUUUUUGUUUCCAUUUUUCCCCCAAUGGCAGCUUUUCUCCCAUUGUUUUACCUUUCUAUUUCCCAAAUGACUCCUCUUAUUUUGUCGUUUGCACCAGUUUUUGGAGGCCCUUGUCAUUUCAAAAAAUAUAGUCUCUCUCCUGAACUUUGUCUGGCAAACCCUGGGCAGUUCCAGAGACAGUAUUACUUAGCUAUUCGAAUUAUGGUAGAAAAGGUCUCAGUAGGUUCUUGUGUAAAGCAUUUGAAAGACGACCUUGUUGCCCUAGGAAACUUAAAAUUGGGGAUUCUGGGGUUAGGAUUCAGACAUUGACUGUCUUGCAUCUCCAUAAGCAGGUCUUCUUGUAGCAUUAUUCCAGACUCUAGCUGUUGUAGUGUUCUAUGAGGAUUGCAAGUCAUAGGCGUGUGUGGCCAUAUCAGUCCAUGUCCCUUAUCACAAUUCUCAGUUCUUCCCCACAAAAUUUUGAAAUCAUAGCUUUUAUGAUGUUGGCCAAUCUCAGAACAUCUUUAGCCAAGUUUUUUUGACCUUAUGAUAAAAUUGAACCAAGUCAAAAGCUUAGAAAGUUUAAUCUUGGAAUACUUUCAGUAUGUCCCAUAUUUUAGGUGGGGAUGGCAGGUUUAUUUUUUUUAAUAAAUGAAAGUCACUUAACUAUAACAGAAUUAAAAGUGGGCCUUUUGACAUUGUGUACUUGAUGGUUCUGUCCCUCUGCCUGUAACAAAUCUCAUUUUUGUUACCAAGAACUGUGUGAAAGAAGUAAAUCUGCCCCAAUUCUGUAUGA